AUGAGCCCGCGGAGCUCAUCGCCUCUUUCAACCGCCAAAUCAGCGAAUACCGGCGGCGGAUAUUUCCAGUGCAGGUCCUGCAACAAGUAUUACAACCGCGCAGAUCAUCUGAUCCGCCAUGUAAGGUCACACACCAGGGAGAAACCGUACGCCUGUCAUAUCUGUCACAAGGGCUUUACGAGACCCGAUCUUUUAAAAAGACAUGCUGCCGGUCAUGACCGAGAGGGCUUCUGUAAACAUCGCUCCUCUGUCGUUGAGAAACAUGCUCGCGUCUCGCAGGCGUGUCUUGUAAAGAAUGACUGUAACCGGCCUUCGGUCAGGACAGAGGAGCUUGAUGCCCCGUCCGAUUUUCCGGAUAUCCAGCCUCAUACGAGUGACCACCUGACGCCAGUACAAUUCCGAUCUCGGAUCGAAUCCAGCAACCUUUUGGCGGAAAAAGAUCUGUUUUUAACACCGCUCUCUCCUCAUGAUGUAGCAGAUAAUACCAUUUCUCCAACAGACGGCGGGAGUGGCAUUUUCAGCCUUGACGGGACAUUCUUCCCAGAGUUUAUACCGGAAUCGUUACCUUCUUCAUUGCUACGACCAUACGAGGUCGAAAUGGGGUUAUCUCUUGCUUUCAACCCUUCAAAUUUCAAUGAGUUCGAUAAAACUAACAUGCAUUUGGAUUUUGACCUUACUGAAGUCGAUUAUAGUCUCAUUGAUUUCUUCAGUAUGAAUGGCGUCAACGAGGGUAUUAAAUUAAAUACUGAUCCAGUUGAGAAUGCUGACAGUGAGAUUGCGCUCGGUGUUGAAGCCUUCCAUCGGUCAUCUCUCUCUGCCUGGAAUCCAGACCAUCAAGAUCAUGCAUUCGCUGAGCACGACAAUCUAUCAGUCUCUAGAACUGUGAUCGAGAAUACAGAAUUGAAUAUUUCUUAUAAAUAUCCGACUCUGUGCGAACGGCUGUCGUCGACUAGCCGGGAUCUUAUUUACGGGAUGGUAUUGCACACCAGCAAAGGAGGAAAUUUGGCAGGGAUCAUCAAGUCGUUCCCUAGCACCGAGUUACUCGAUAGGUUUAUACAAGAUUAUUUCCAGUUCCAAAAACGGCAAGUGGAUUCGUGGAUCCAUUGUCCGACUUUUCAGCCAAACAGCGAAGGUCCAGAAAUUCUGGCUGCGCUGGCAUCCGCCGGAGCUACGCUUUCUCCUAUCGGAUCGAUUCGAAAACUCGGAUAUGCACUAAUGGAAAUGGCAAGACUUCGCUUACCUGCUAUAUAUGAGACUGAUAACAGCAUCACCCGAGAUCUGCGGCUUUCCCAGGCGUAUGCGCUCCUUAUUAAUGUUGGACUUUGGAGUGGUAAUGGCCGCAAGAUGGAGAUUGCAGAGAGCUCGGCGCAGAAUCUCGUGACGAUGUUACGACGUGCACUCCGUUAUCGUCGGUCGCGAUAUUCUUCCAUUGUACCGACAACAAUGGAUGCAGGCCCGGAACUGAACAAAAAAUGGCGCCAGUGGGUGGAACAGGAGUCCUUCAAGAGACUCGUCUAUCACGUUUUCCUCCACGAUUCACAAGCGGCCGUGACACUCAAUAUCAACUCGCUUAUCUCUUAUUCCGAUUUGCAGCUGCCCCUACCUGGGCCUCGUCGACUUUGGGAGGCAAAAUCCGCAACGGAAUGGAAAGAACUAUAUCUAUCUUUACAAUUAUCUAGUUCUGAGCGUAUACCAUCACUGACGGACCUUUUGCGAGAUAUGUCCCAAUUAAGAGUCUUUGAAGUCUCUAUCGAUACGCAAAUGGCAGCUUUUAUUCUACUACACGGUAUUAUCGCGCUGAUUAUGGAAUAUCACAGACUUAAAUUUAUAUCUAAGGGACACUGUGAGCACUGGCAUGCUUUACUCAUCAAAUCGCGCCAUCAGGAACUCUGUACCGCGCUUCAACACUUCAGGACUGUGUGUUCCGCGUUGAACGACCCUCAGCGACCAGAAAUCGAUCUUGUCUAUGAAGCCACCUCAAUAUUCUUGUACACAUCGUUGGAAGAGCUCCAACUUUUUGCUGGCAAAGAAGACAAGAAUGAGGCUCGGCGUGCGUAUGAUAGCGCCAUUGAGUGGAUCAAUAAUAUGGACUCACGACGUGCAAUUCUGCACGCGGGUCAGGCUGUACGUGCCGCAAAGGCUAUCCCUGGUACUCUAUUACGUGGAUUCUUGGCGUUUGCAGUCUAUCACGCGGGUCUAGCAUUCUGGUCAUACAGUGUAGUUUCCAAUGCGAAAACCAAAUCCGCAAAGGCGCCUUUGACCAGCCUUAGUAGUGCUCAGAUUAUUGGAUCACCGCCCAGGCCAGCUGUUUUUUUGGAUUCAAAGGAAACGCUUGACGUUGAGAAGUUUAUUCCCCUUGCCUAUGGUAGCCCAGCGUUGCAUGGACCGCAGGGAACAACUAUUUUGGUGGAAAAUGCGUGUCAGACUAUGCAUAUCAUCCAAGAUGUGCUUAGGAAGGAUGCAACAAAUGAAGCAUUGCCUCCGUUGGUACUUAACUUGUGUCAACUGAUGAAUGACCUGGGGAACGCCGCUGGUGGAAACAACGAUACUAGCUUGACUUAG